GGAGGAGUCACUUGUGUGAGGGACACCUCUCAUGCCACUAUGACUGUCGCCGCCACCAUGAACACUGCCGCCACCGUGACUGCUGCCGUGGCCAUCGUCGCCAUAGGCAUGACCGCCGGUGCCACCGACAUAACCGCCGCCACUACGGGCAUGACCGCUGAUCCCACCAACUCGUCUCCUUGUCUAAAAAUUUGCGGCGUGCUAAACUACCCACACCUGGACGUAGACAACACCACAAUUCCUUACACCAUGAGGGGCUCCAUCAUCAAGGUCCUGGAUAUAGUAACAACUAAACUUAACAUGUGCUACGAGUGGGUUCUUCCAGACUUACUCAGCUCAGGAUAUAAACUACCAAACGGGUCUUGGGAUGGAGCGAUGGGCUUGCUCACCCGCCAGAAGUGUGAAAUGAUAGGCACUGCAGUUCCUGUGAAUCAUGUGCGGUUUCAAGCUGCCGACUUCAGCACACCUCUCUACAUGGAAUACAUCGUGAUAGCUCAUCAACGUCCAGUGAUUGCGGCGGACCUCGCUGGUUUCGUGAGACCUUUUACCACUUUCAUAUGGCUCUUCAUCCUCCUAACAAUGAUUGCAGUCGGCGUGGUGAUAUUCUUUAUUGAGUGGGAAGAGAGCCUCCUCUAUCCACAACAAAGUGAUAGUGAGAGUGAUGGCGGAAAGUCGUAUGGGAGUGUGGGUCCCCUCACCGUGGCCUGGACCUCCUGCCUCUGGACGUUGGGCGCUGCUAUUGCUCACUCGUCAACUUGGUCGCCACAGAGGGACUCUGUCCGGGUUCUUUCUGGCCUGUGGCUGUUGAUGUCAGUCAUCUUGGGCAUAGUUUACCGCUGUAACCUGAAGGCGAUGCUCAUCAUGCCCAAGAUAACUUAUCCCUUCAACAGCCUCGAGGAGUUGAUGCAGACGGACAUACCUGUGUAUAUACCUGAAGGCAACUUGAUUCAUCAGUUUGUAAUAUUCGCUCCUCCAGGUUCACUGCUCCACAAGAUCAACGACCGACUCAUCACUCACUUCGAUGAGCCCCGAGCAGUACGGGACACCUCUGGCGGGAUACAAGCAGCCAUCACCACUAACUCAAUCAUGGCUCAUAUUCUGCAUACGUUAUUCUCAAUGACAAAUUCAUGUCCCAUGUAUAUUGCGUCUGAGCCUGUCUUCACGGCAGUCUCCACGGGCUUCGCUUAUGCCAAGGGAUCACCUCUCAGAGAAACGUUCGACCCCAUACUAAGAAGACUUGUGGAAUUUGGCAUCGUCCAACAUGCAUAUGAUAAUGCAGUACGGAACGGAACAGUUUGUUUUAAGCCUGAGUCCUUCACCAGACCCAACAACAGCCUUCGGCCACUGGAACUGGGAGACUUCUACGGUGUCUUCGCUGUUUAUGCCGGAGGAAUGUUGUUGGCGUCUGUGGUGCUGCUGGUGGAAGUGACUCUCAAGGGUCGCCAGAGACUCCAAGGUAAUCGUGGUGUCUAAGGUCAUACAGUACUACAACACUGACCUGAGGGUCGGUGGUGGUGGUGGUGCUGCUGCUGGAAACAUUAAAGGUUAUCUGCAUUAACGCCUCAAGUUAACACCCAACAUGAGGUAAAAUACUUUCAUGUUGUAAGUGAAUUGGAGUGAAGCAACACAUCUUCUUGGAGUAUUUUUGUAGUUCAUAAUUAACGAGGUAGAAUGCUGUUCUUUAAGAACCUUAAGUAAUGUUUCACAACAUAGUGUCAUGAACCUUACAAGAGUGAUGGCAUUAUGUAAGUUAUAAGGAUGAUUCACACAUUUUAGAUUCUCAUAUGAUGUUAACAGCAGAAGCUUUUCAGUGUUGUAUUAGAAAGCGAUGUGUCUUUAAUUUUUAUUAAUCGGGAUAUCACUAAAAUUCUGCAUGACAAAAACUGAGUGGAAUUAGAAUUUAAAAUCCGAAUGAAACUAUUAGUCAGAACAUCAAAUCUAAAAAAAAUACCAAUUUAAAUUACAUUUCUGAAUAUAAUUACCUAAAAUUAAUUCAAAUUUCCUGGAAGUGUGAAUAACAUUAUUUUUGUUAUUAUAUAUUCAUAAUUCUGAGGGAGAACUGAAAGGUGAAUUAUAAUCGACUGACUUCGUAUCUCAGCAGUGUUAGUGAAUCUGGACCCAGGACUUUUAAACUUUUAUUACAAAUUAUAUACAGUAUACCACAUCACUCUACGAACGUGGCAGAGAGUAUUUUUUGUGUUUACCCAGAACCGUUAUCUCGUCCAUUCUGAUUAUAAUGAAUUUGAGUUCUGAAUUAACUUAUAAUGAAUAUAUCUUAGCGAGAAUCACUAUUUUAACACACCUGUCACUAAUGACUACCUGUCUCUGUACUCAAUCACGUGAAAUAAAAAAAUCAACUAAC